AUGCUGCUUGUACCCAAUACACGUCGGAAUAUUCAGACUCAACGACUUAGACCUAGAACGGCCGACGCCGCCUCCGUUCACGGACGGCGGCGGCACUUCCCGGCGACCCUCACCCCCAUUUUUCCUGACAGCCGCCUCGAAGCUCCGCCUCCCGCCGCCGCGUCGGGCCUUCCACACUGGGCUGCUCCUCCCCACGUGGACCCCACGGGCGGGGCUGCCCGGCCACCUCCUCGACUUCGACUCGCCGGCCGAGUUGCUCCUCGAGCACGGCGCGCUGCUCGCCUUCCGCAUCGCCGCCGCCGCUGGGGGACGCGGCAGGGAUGCGCCGUUGCCGGCGGACCUGCUCCUCGAGAACGGCCAUAUGUUGAUGUUGAGCUCCGCCGCCGUGGGACCACCGCCGGCGCCGUUCUUCUUCUCUCUCCUCUUCUCCUUAAAGGCAUUGACGAUCGUAUCCUUCUCCUUGGCACCGGUCAGAUCCUCGCCGUCCAAGUCCACGGAGGCCCGCGGGCUUUUCUUGUUGUUCCACCGGAAAAUGUCGCUCCACCGCCGUGA